CUGAUGCGGGACUUCCCGCUUGUGGACAGCCACAACGACAUGCCUCUGGUCCUGAGGCAGUUUCACCACAUUGGGCUCCAGGAUAUUAAUCUGCGCAAUUUCAACCACAGCCAGACCAGCUUGGACAGGCUGAAAGACAGUCUCGUGGGUGCGCAGUUCUGGUCAGCCUACGUCCCAUGCCAGACCCACCAACAUGCCGUGCGCCUCGCACUGGAGCAAAUUGACCUCAUCCGCCUCACAUGUGCCUCCUAUUCUGAGCUGAAGCUUGUGACUUCAGUUAAAGGUAGACGGGGGACUUCCCUGUUGGCUUGCCUCAUUGGUGUGGAGGGCGGCCACUCACUGGACAGUAGCCUCUCCAUCUUGCGUACCUUCUAGGCACUGGUUGUGUGCUAUGUGACACUCACCCACAUCUGCAACGCACCCUGGGCACAGAGCUCAGCAAGGGGUAUCCACCCCUUCUACAGCAAUGUCAGUCGGCUGACCAGCUGUGGCGAGAAGGUGGUGACAGAAAUGAACCGCCUGGGCACGAUGGUGGCCUUGUCCCAUGUCUCGGAUGCUGUGGCACGGCGAGCCCUAGAAGUGUCACAGGCACCUGUCAUCUGCUCCCACUCAGCUGCCCGGGGUGUGUGCAAGAACACUCGGAAUGUUCCUGAUGGUAUCCUGCAGCUUCUGAAGAACGGUGGCAUCGUGAUGGUGUACUUGUCCGUGCGGGUGCUGCAGUGCAACCCAUUAGCCAACGUGUCUACUGUGGCAGAUCACUUCGACCACAUCAGGGCAGUCACUGGAUGCAAGUUCAUCGGGACUGGUGGAGAUUAUGACGGGGCUGGCCGGUUCCCACAGGGGCUGGAGGACGUGUCCAUAUACCCGGUACUGACAGAGGAGUUGCUGGGGCGUGGCUGGAGUGAGGAAGAGCUCUGGAGUGUGCUUCGAGGAAACGUGCGGCGGGUCUUCAGACAGGUGGAACAGGUACGUGAGGAGAAUGAGGGACAGAGUCCCUUGGAGGAUGAGUUCCCAGAUGAGCAGCUGGGCAGCUCUUGCCACUCCGUCCUCCCAUGUGUACAUCAGAGAGAGGACCUGGCUCCAGACCAGAAACUAACCAGAGCUGCGGUUCGUGGGAAUCCCAUUUUGUCACCUAAGUGGUCAUUCUCAAAAUCUUGCCGCCACAUGGGCCCAGGCCUCACAGUUAUUUCUGCCUUCCCCGUCCUCACUGUUUGGCUCUGGUGAUCCAGUGAAUCUUGCCAGACGUCACUUUGGCAGCCACAGAGACCCCACAAAGUUUCCUUGCAUGCAAGCACAAACAUUUCCUAAAAGUAAAUGCUUUAGAAAUGGAAUCAGCACGAGUGUC